UGAGACUGAGCUGCUCUGGGGUAAAGGCGAGAGGAAAUGCCAUGCCAUCGCCCCGGUGCUCAAAUUUCUCUACGUGUAGACUGCUUUUAAAGGAGCCGUUUCCACUUCAUCGAGCUUUCCGUUGGGGGCACGCGGUUUACACGGAUAUGUAAAAGAACAUGUUGUUACAUUAGCUUUUGGUUAAUCGGUUGUAUCCUGAAACUGCUCCCACCCGAGGUGUCUCCUCCUACCGCUGAUAUGAGAGUCUCCUCAGCCUCCGCCGCACAGACACACGGCGCUGGCGCGGAUGCUUAAAAAUGCGCUGAAAAGGUGCACAGCAUUAUUUGGAGGAUAUUGAAUAUGCAAGAAUGUGUUGCUCUGCCCUUCUGCUGCUGACGGCCCAAAGCUCCCCGGAUCGAGUGGAAAAAACCCAGGCGGCAGUGACUUGGUUACCAUCAGACUAGAAAAUAUGGCACCUCAGCAACCUUCUAGCAUGGAGCAGCAGUCGGGGGAGCUAUGUGAGCCUGAAUCUGAGGAGGGACCAAAACAAGGACCAGGACCCCCUUCUGACCAAGUUCAUCCAGUUGCCCACGAUGCUCCAGAUGGAGGCUGGGGGUGGGUGGUCCUGGUGGCUACCAUCCUUGUCUUAGCCCUGACUCUGGCCUUCCCCUCCUGCAUUGGCAUCUUCUACUUAGAUCUCCAGGAAGAAUUUCAAGCCAGUAACAGUGAGACGUCUUGGGUGCCAUCGAUAAUGACGUCAGUUUUGCAUGCCGGAGGUCCUCUGUGUAGUGUGCUGGUGGAACGCUUUGGUUGCCGGGCAACAGUGAUGUUCGGUGGAGUUCUGAGUGGUUUUGGGAUGGCGGUCAGCUCUUUCUCGCAUUCAAUCGCUGACUUAUACAUUACCACCGGGGUCAUCACAGGUCUGGGUUUCUGUUUCAGUUUCCAGCCCGCGGUCACUAUACUUGGCCACUACUUUGUGCGCCGUCGUCCUUUUGCUAACGCGAUGUCCUCCACCGGUACUGCUCUGGGUCUGUCUACAUUGCCUUUUUUAGGUGACUAUCUGCAGAGUACGCUGGGCUGGAGAGGAAGUUUUCUGGUCCUCGGUGCUGUGCUGCUCAACUGCUGUGUUUGCGGAGCUGUAAUGAGACCCGUCAGGCCUCGCAAGCCCAGAAAGUCGAAAGUCGAGGCGAUAAGCAACGGUCCCAUACCCGAAGGCGCGAAGGGAUGCAUGCUGGGGAUCUUUCAGCGUUUAGCAUCAUCCCUCAGAAAACACAUGGCCUUUGACCUCUUCUGCAGUAACCCGCGCUUCCGUGUUUUUUCACUGGGCAUCACUUGGAUGAUGCUGGGGUUCGUGGUGCCGCUUAUUUACCUGGUCCCGUACGCAACCGCUCACAAAAUGGAUCCAAGCCGAGCAGCCCUGCUGCUCUCCAUCCUGGGCUUUGUCAACAUCUUUGUGCGUCCUCCUGUCGGACUGCUCUUCAGCCUGUCCUGGUUUAAAGGUCGACACAUCUACGUCUUCUCAGCCGCGCUCCUCUUAAAUGGACUCAGUAAUAGUAUCUGCUGCAUUUCGGCCAGUUUCUCAGUGCUGUUGAUGUAUGUGCUGACGUACGGGCUGUCCAUGAGCGUGGUAGGCUCACUGAUGUUCACCGUCCUGAUGGACACGGUGGAGAUGAGUCGAUUCCCAUCUGCGCCCGGCCUGUUGUCUAUCAUGGAAAGCGUUACGCUGUUAAUUGGACCUCCUCUCGCAGGAAUCCUCGUGGACCGGACUGACCAGUACACCUAUGUGUUUGUGGCCUGCAGCAUCACAGUGGCCUUAUCAGCCGUAUUCCUUAUGGUUUCCUUUUACUGGCUGGACUCCCGUGACGCAGCCCAGAAGAACGGCACACCAGCGUCUGGAUCUCCAGCUAAGCCUGCAGUCAGUUUGACCAAGGACUGCCAGUACAGCAGCGUGCCUACAGAUGGGGACAAGACCAAUAACCCGUCAUCAGAAGCAGAAAAAAUCACAGAUGCCUGACCUGUAUCAAUGUCCUUCAUGUCUUUGUUAAUCGUGAUCCGUAUCAGGCACACAAAUACGUUCCUUUGCCAUUUAUUAGUAGCACAGAAUGUGCUGUUUAUAACUGUUUUAUUUCAGCAUUAAACCAUGGUUGUUCUGUAUGUUUUUCAUGACACUGGUGUUUGUAAACGUCACUGGUUUGCCUUAUACAGUAUAUUAGUGUUAUGGCAUUACAGCGACCAAUCCGCUAAUGCAGUCCUUUGAAUUCAAGUAAAUAUUAUAAACGCUUCUUCAUCGAUGAUUCAGUUGACAGAAUGCUGAAGUUGUUUGCACAGGAAAUUAAGCUAUCAAGUCAGGAAAUCCUGAGCAUUAUGACUUAUGUUUUCAUCUCAUGCUUAUUAUAUUUCCUCAUUAUUAUUAUUUUUGCCAGUUACAUUACUCUUCAACAAUUUGAGGUUGAUAAGAUCUUUGAUAAGUCUCUUAUGUUAACCAAAUCUGCUUUUAUUUUAUUAGUAUUUUAAAUAACACUUUUUAAAAUUUUUGUAUAUUCAAAUUAUUUAAAUUUAAAUUAUUACUGCGAUGGUAAAACAGCCAUUACUCUGGUCUUCAGUGUCAUAUGAUCCUUCAGAAAUCAUCUGGUGCUCUAAACAUUUAUUCUUAUUAUAAAUGUUAAAGACGGUUAUUUUACUCAUUUUAUUUUUGUAAAUAGAAAGUUGAAAAGAACAGUGUUGAUUUGAAACAAACAUUUUAAUAUGUCCUUGCUGAAUUAAUUUCUCUUAAAAAAUCUUGCCGACCUCAAAUGUUUGAAAGGUAGUAUUAUCACAAUUUGUUUUAUGAACUUUUUGUGAUAUAAUACCAUGCACUGAGAGACCUGGCCCUUAAGGAAGAUUGUUGGUCUGUUGCAUCUACACGUCCAGUUCCCAAAGGGCAGGAAUAAUACUGUAUAAUAAAUAAUAUUAUUGCACAUACACUCAUAAAUAAUCAAGAUUUAAAAGUCAGACUUGUUUUCUGGUUCUCAGCGAUUAAGCAUGACAAUACCCUUUGUUUUUUUUGGUUUGCUAGUAUAUUAGUUUCACUGGUUAGUGCUGAAUAAGAUUGUGUUUAAACUAAGGGUGCAAAGGGCUUAUUUUUAUUGAGUGUAAUACAUUACAGACGUCACAUUUCACUUCAUGCUGAUUUAUAUGCAAACUCCUCAUGUAAACUGGUUGGUCAUCGUGGUCACUGUUGUUUUAAUACUUUGCCAAAGCAAAAAAUGACCAGCUUAUAUAAGCAGAAAGGGCUACCUGAGAAUCAUUUAUAUUGCAAUGUGUAUUACAAAGCAUUUAUUUGUGUACUAAAUUUAAAUUUAAUAAUAAAGAUAGACAAUAAUAAAGACACAUGCUCUGUU